UCAAGGCCUUCAGCUGCGGCUUGAGAAUCAAGAGGUGCUAAAGGAGUUUAUGGCUUUAGAACACAUGAAACCAAUAGAUGACUGCAGAACUGGCAAAGCACCAGAAAACCAGAAUAAAAACAGAUACCGAGAUAUCCUUCCAUAUGAUAAGACACGAGUUCCUCUGGGAGAAAAGAAUGGCUACAUUAAUGCAAGUUACAUUAGAAUGAAUGUUGGAGAAGAGGAACACUUCUAUAUUAUAACCCAAGGGCCUCUUCCAUCCACUAUGGACGAUUUCUGGCAAAUGGUCUGGGAGAGUGAAUCCGAUGUGAUUGCCAUGAUGACAAAAGAAGUGGAGCUAGGGCAAGUCAAAUGUCAUCGAUACUGGCCUGAAUCUCCAAAUAACUCUGAAGACCUUGCUAAUUUCUAUCUCAGGCUACACAAUUACCAGAUUCUGGAAUACUUCAUAAUUAGAAAAAUAGAAAUUAUCAACAAGCAGACAGAAGAAAAGCGCAUUAUAAGUCAUUUGCAAUUUACCACUUGGCCAGACCACAAUACUUACAAACUGGCUGAGCAGCUCGUAAAAUUUAUUUGGUACAUGAGAAAAGCUCACAGGACAGGACCUAUUAUUGCUCACUGCAGCACUGGCAUUGGAAGAAGUGGAGUUUUCCUGUGUGUUGAAAUUCUUCUCAGCCAUAUAGAAAAAGAUUUAUGUUUCAACAUCAAGCAGAUAGUGAGAGAUUUGCGAGACCAGCGUUUUGGCAUGAUCCAAACUAAGGAUGAGUAUUUAUUCUGUUAUGAAGUUGUGCUGGAAGUCCUUCAGAUCCUGCGAGCAAUGGAUUCCUACUGAAUAUGAUUCCUACAAUAUGACUCUUCCUGUUGCUAUUCCACUUGGACUCCAGGGACUGCUCAGCAACUACUGUAAAGAGAUGUCACGCCAGCACAGACAAGUGUUAUAUUAUAUGCUUUUUUAG